AUGACGACUAACUAUUUGGUGCCAAACACUAAACCGAUUAAUGGAAAUGUGUUUCAUUCAUUCGAAAAGAUAAAUGAAAUAUUCGCAAAGAAUGACGGUAGAAGAUAUUAUAGAGAACUUGAAAGUUCAUGCUAUGACUCUGAUGCUCCAUAUUUUGAUGAUAAACAAACUCAUUUAAGAAUUACAAAUCCAGCUCAUGAUGUGAACCAAUUAGGUGACACAUAUAUUAAACGCAAAGUUAAAGCAACUCUAGUUUCAAAUAAAGCUUUCACAUGUGAUGCCGCUUUUAAAUGCAUGCGUUUAUUCGUUGGUUACAAAUCAUCAAAUCAAAGCUUUAAACAAUUAGAAGUAGAAACCGAAAGAGGUGAUGCCGGUUAUCUUCAGAUGGAUUGCGCCCGUGAAUCUUUCGCAUUUGCAACAUAUAAACCAAAAUCAGAAAGGAAAGUUAAAAAGUUUGUUCAUUCGUUAUAUAA